GACUCGACAGUCUCACUGGGUCUUGGGCUGGCCCGGCACACUCUCAUCUGCAAAAGAUCUAAACAUUGCAGAAGUACGCGAGAAACCCUGCUGAAGAGCCUCUUUAGCUGCAGCCAUGCUCACCUUUUCAACCCCAUCCCUUCUCUACCUGAGUCUCCUGCUCUUUCUGUCUUACCACUUGCCUGUUCUCUCCUGUCGGAUUGGGAACUCCAUCCAGUGUCAGUCCGCUCCCUUUGUACCAGGCCACAACCUGGUGGGGGAGGGCUUUGACGUGGUCACCCUGCAGCGUAAAGGAUCCUACAUGGUUGACGUGAAGACUUUCCUCACCUCAAAUGGCACCUGCACUCUCUGCAGCAACCCUCUUCAAGGCAACAUCCUGCAGAAACUGCCAGUCUCUGCAGUGGACUGGCGCUCAUUCAGUCGAUGCAAUGCCGACCUCUACAGCAGUGCACACACCUCUGUUAGCUCACUGAUUAACACUUACACAUCCCAGGACAGUGACAACUGGAAGGUUGGCCUAAAUGUAGAUAAGUUUGUGACUGCCGGUCUGGAGGUUGGAGGAACACGCUCCACUGCGUAUACCUUCGCUACAGAGAGGACCAGGGAGGACCGCUACUCCUUCAGCACUCACAGGGUCACCUGCAGCCAUUAUGGAUACCGUGUGUCCCUCAGACCACCCCUCAGCUCUGAGUUCAGGAUGGAUUUGGCCAGGCUGCCGAGUUUCUACAACUCCUCCACCAGAGCUCAGUACAGUGAGCUCAUACAAACCUAUGGCACACACUACAUCCGCCAGGUUUACCUAGGGGGCCGACUCAGGCGAGUCACAGCUGCACGUACCUGUUUGUCCUCACUGAAUGGGCUCUCCUCAAAAGAGGUCCACUCCUGCCUAUCACUGGGUGUUUCUGUAGGCCUGGGGAAGGUGAAAUUAUCCGCCAGCCAUCAAUCUUGCACAAAAGUCCUUCAGAACCAGGACGUUUCCACCUCUUUCAGCUCUGGACUCCACCAACACUACACAGAGGUGUUGGGAGGUACUGGUUGGUUGGGGGAGUUUUCACUUGCUCAUAAUGACUCCCUUGGCUACAGCAGUUGGCUGAAAACCUUAAGGACGCCCGAUAUUGUUUCGUACUCACUUAGACCAAUGUAUGAGCUGUUGCCAAGUGAGACACAGAAGGCAGGGAUGAAGGUGGCCAUAGAGCAAUACUUAGAAGACAACGCUGUGAAGAAGUCAACCAGAGAACCAGUAUGCAGUGGGCAAACUUUUAACGUGGCUCCUAACUGCUGCCCUCAAAAGGCCUCGAGGGGAAGACUGGUGGUGACCAUCGUCCGAGCCUGGAAUCUGAAAGGAGAUUUAACUGGCAAAACUGAAAGCUACGCUAGGAUGUGGUACGGAUCCUUCUAUCGCAGGACUCAUAUGAUCCGGUCAAAUGACCCCAGGUGGAAUGCUCAUUACGAUCUGGGCAAGGUGGACACACACUUGGGUUUGAAGAUCGAGGUCUGGGACGAGGACUUGCAACACGAUGACCUUCUGGGUUCAUGUGUGACGUACCUGAGCCAGGGGACACGCACGUUCAACUGUCCAGCCAAGAAAGGCGGCUUUCAGGUCCAGUACACUCUGACCUGCGACCCUCAUCUGACUGGAGACAGGUGUAACCGUUACAAACCAUCUUCAUAGU